AUGUGGAUUCCUACUUUUAUUCUGUGGGAUGUUGGAUAUCCCUUAUGUGCCUGUGGAUCCAUCUUCAUUAUUGGAUUAAUUAUUUGGCAAGUGAAAAAGAAACGCCAAAAAAUAAAGUUGGGACCUCACAGGAGCUGUUGCCUGCAUCACCAAAGAACCAAACAAAAGCCUAGAGAUAAAGCAAAAGCAAAGAAAACUUCCCAGGAAGAAGCUGAGAAGCUGCAGAAGUUGAUCUCUGUCAUGAAAAGCCAGGGCUGGAUUCCCAAGGAAGAAAGUGUGCGGCGGCUCCUGUGUGCAGAUCCCUGCUGCCCAGUCUGCAAUUCUGUGGCUCUAGAGAUUCAUCGGUUGCUGGAGGGUGGGAACAAACAAGUCUCCCCAACUUUUUCGGUGCCAUCACAGGGCUCUUCUUACCUAGAGAUGGUCUCCACAUCUAGUGUGUCUUUUGAUCAGAGUCAGGAUCUACAUUCUGAGCACUCUGGAGAGCUUUCACUGCCAUCUGGCCCCACACGGUCACGAUUAGUAGAUCAGAAAUGUUUAACUCGGUCAACUUCCAGGUUAACUGGUACAGCAAGCAUUCAAGACCAUUGUGUUGAUCACCACAAGCAUGGGAAGGGAUUUAAAGUUCCCGACAUGGCCCAGGAUGUGGGAGCUCUCUCUUCUUCAAGUCCUGAUGAACCUGGGAUUUCUGUGAAGAAGCAGGAGAGGAAGAAGAACAAAGUCACAGCUGUCCAGGAGAAUAAAGAAGCUCCAGUUGACUUGGAAAACAAGAUGACUCUCUUUUCACACUGGAUUAACCCUGAAGUGAAAGGCCAAAGGCAUGAGGAAUCCAUCAUCCCCAGUAAGGCUGAGACAACGACCAAAGCCAAGACAAAAACGGUUGAGAAGAGCCCAAUCCCCACUAAAAAGCUUGUGCGGGGACCUAACGUGGAAAAGACAACAGUGGGUCCUGGGGCCCAGUGUCCCUCUACUAAGAAGGAGGGCAUGAAAUCUGAUGCCCCAGCUGCCCACAAAAGCAGCUUCAUACGGUAUAUGAUGCAGAGGGCAGAAGAGGUUGAAACCUCUUCCGUGUGGGAUAGGAAUUUAAAUGCACUUUUCCUUUCUGAUGGGUCAGCAACCUCAUCCUGGACUGCAGAUAAAGUGGCUUGA